CUACCUGCCAGUGCUGCCAGACAUGACUAAUCGAUGGUCAAUGUCGGCGUCUUAAUGCUGUGCCCCAAUCUGUGAGGAUCACUUUUCUGGGAGAAGAAGCAAUGGCGACGUCUGUGAAGCUGAGCACCGGUGCACAAAUGCCCAUUGUUGGCCUGGGCACCUGGAAAUCUCCUCCUGGAAAAGUCACAGAGGCAGUGAAAGCCGCCAUCUCUGCAGGCUACAGACACAUCGAUGGGGCGUACAUUUACCAGAACGAGGUUGAAGUCGGCGAGGGGAUAGCGGCCAUGAUCAAGGACGGAGUGGUUAAGCGUGAGGAACUUUUCAUUGUUAGCAAGCUAUGGUGCACUUUCCAUGCCAAGUCCAUGGUGAGAGAAGCUUGUGAGAAGACCCUGAGUGACCUUAAACUGGACUAUCUCGACUUAUACCUGGUGCACUGGCCAAUGGGAUUAAAGGCCGGCAGCGACCUUUUUCCUACUGACAGCGCCGGUGACACAAUUCCUGAUCAUUCAAACUUCCUCGAGACAUGGGAGGGGAUGGAGGAGCUGCUGGAUGCCGGAUUGGUUAAGGCUAUUGGGAUCUCCAAUUUCAACCGGGAUCAGAUCGAAAGCCUUCUCAACAAGCCGGGCCUCAAAUACAAGCCCGCUAACAUCCAGGUGGAGUGCCAUCCCUUCCUGACCCAAGAGAAGCUGAUCAGCUACUGCAACUCCAAGGGCAUCUCUGUGACUGCCUACAGUCCCCUCGGCUCCCCCGAUAGACCUUGGGCGAAGCCAGACGACCCAUCACUUCUGGAGCACCCUGACAUCAAAGCAAUCGCUGCGAAGUACAAGAAGACAACUGCUCAGGUCCUGAUCCGUUUCCACAUCCAGCGUAAUGUUGUGGUGAUUCCCAAAUCGAUCACCCCUCACCGUAUUCAGGAGAAUUUUCAGGUGUUUGACUUCCAACUGAGCGACGAGGACAUGAAAACCAUACUGGGCUUCAAUCGCAACUGGAGAGUCUGCCCCUUUCUAAUGAACAAGAAGCACAAGGACUACCCAUUCCACGCCGAAUUCUGACACGGACAAAUCCCCAAGAGCGUGUGCUGAGGUUUGCUAACGUCGUGUCCCAAGAUGAGCAGCUUUAUUAUAGCACUUAGUGUUCCAUGUGGCCUUCAGGCGUUAGAUUUGGGCUGGAAAAAACGGCUUUCCGUCAACCAAUUUAACCCCAAAAAUUAAUCCUCAU